GGGAAACUUGAUCAUCUUCACCCACGCGAAAAAUCCAAAUAAUGGCAGGUGUAUCUGUUAAGGACGUUGAUGCUCAACGGUUUGUUACCGCUUAUGCUGCUUUCUUAAAAAGAUCAGGCAAAAUGGCCACUCCUCAAUGGAUUGAUAUUGUCAAGACCGGUACCCAUAAGGAGUUGGCUCCUUACGACCCUGACUGGUACUUUGUUCGUGCUGCUGCUAUUGCUCGCCAUAUCUACCUUCGUAAGCAAGUCGGUGUUGGCCGUCUUUGCAAGGUUUAUGGUGGCUCUGUCAACCGUGGCAUGCGUCCUUCUCACCACCGUGAUGGAUCUGGUAGCGUUCAACGCAAGGUCAUCCAAAGCUUGGAAAAAAUUGGCGUCCUUGAAAAGUCUGAUAACGGUGGUCGUCGCAUUUCUCAACAAGGUCAACGUGACUUGGAUCGUAUUGCUUACUCCUUGUUAGAAGAGGAUGAAGAGUAAACGAAUCUUGGGAUACGUUCUCUCUUAGAGAAAAAUAGAAAGUUUACUAAAUAAAAAAGAUGCUUUGUGGGUGCAAAGAGAAGAUUUUGUUGGG